AUGAUUAGCAUUUCAGUUUGCACUUGUAUUAUUGUUUUAUAUUUAAAUAUCUAUGGAGAAUGUAAGGCAUCAGAUUGGGGAGAUAUGGAAGCAUAUCUGUGGAAAGCAAAUAUGGAGCUCCAGUGGAGUAAUGAUUAUAACUCAAAAACUAAAAGUUAUAAUUACUAUUGCCUAUUACCACUUGUUGAUUAUAAAAACUGGAUACCAGAUGAGCUCCAUUUAAUGCUAAGGAUAAGUGAUAUUUUAUUUGAAUCUUUGUUUUAUGAUCUUAAUCGUAACCCAAAAAAAUUUGAAAAAGAAAUUUCUAAUCAAAUAAUUUUAGAAGCCAAAAGAAUUGGAAUUUCUAAAUUUGAAUUUUUUGAUCUAAAAAGUUCAAAAUUUAAAUGGACAGGUUUAAAUGGCACUCAAAAGUUAACAUUUUUAGAAAAUUUUCAGGCUUCUAAAUUUUACAAUGAUGGAAAAGGAAUAAAAAUAGAAAAUCUAUGGAAGGAAUUUAUUAGAUUAUAUAGGUUAAUAAGAAGGUCUCUUUUAAGCGAUCAUGAAAUAGAUAAUUUUCAAAAUGACACAAAACAAUGGAUUCAAAACUUUUCAGAAAUUUAUCAUAAAGAAGAUGUUUCACCAUAUAUGCAUGUGCUCUCCAUGCAUAUACCACAGUUCAUUAGAGAUUUGAAAAGGCAAGAAUUAUCCUUGCUUCUAUUUUCAUCUUCCAGUGUUGAAAAAAAGAACCAUCAUCAUGUUAAAUUAUUUUACGGUAAAACUUGUAUGGGUGGUGGCCAAAAAAAAAAACAAUCAGUAGUUUAUGAUCUCUUAAAUUUUGAAAAUAGACAACUAUAUUAUUUAAAAUACAACAUUCCUCUUUUGUUUAAGAAAAAGAAUAUUAAAAUAGAUUUAAGUGAAAAUAAUUAG